GACACCAGGACACCAGGGUAUCAGUGGGCACAAAUUUGCUCAUCACAGCAUCGGCGGAGAGCCAUGCCAUGAGAUCGUGGAUGUUGCCAUGAUCCAGUCCCUCCUGGUGGCGAUAUAAACUGACCCCGGCCAGUCCAAUCGCCGUUCACACCAUCUCCACUCCGACGCCAAACACGCAGAGAUCAUCGCCUUCGAGGUUGGUCCUGGCGACUCUGGAUUGAGUCUUUGCUUGUUUCGCGGAUGAUGGUUGAGCCUCGAUCUUGGUGAUCCGCCUGGCACCGCAGAAUGAGAACAAUCAUCCUUGUCGGCAAGACGGGCCUGGGCAAGACAACUUUUGCCAACUAUCUCGCUGGUUCUCAGCUCCAAACUGGCAGCGGCGUCACCAGUGUCACCGCAAACCCCCAACCCAUUGUGUUCAAGCACAAUGGUGUCCAGCAUCGGGUGGUCGACAUGCCCGGGUUUUCGGAUGUGAGGAUCAACAGCAAAGAAGCAAUCACAGAUGAAGUCAUCCAUCGAUGGAUCCUCCAAGAAGUCGUCAAUAACGAAGUCGUUGGGAUCGUCAUGUUUCUGAGCCAGGAAGAUGUCCUCGGCGCUCGACUGAGCAAGGAGUUUGUUGCGAUAUCAGAAAUCAUGAUGACUCGCUUCUCCGGGUUUGAAUCCAUGUGUUUCUUUGCCAUCUCGGGCAAGAAUAUGAUUGGCGGCAUGGGCGAUUUCAUCAAAGCAGCAAUGACUGUGGUGACCACGGGAAAGUUGCGAAUCAUGGGACUGGGUCCCGACAACUGGGCUCGAUGCAAGAAGAAAGACUUUGCCCGAGUCAAAGACUGGUGUUUGAAGCGCUUGCAGGCAUCCGAGCCCCGCCUCGUCCCAAGAACCACGGUCGACCUCUGCAAGCGGUGCGGACUCAGAGCCGAUCCUCUCUUGAUCGACGGUCCCUGCCGAUACCACCAUGAGUCGGGGGAACUCGUCCAUG